ACUUAAAUAUAAAUAGCUAUAGUGUUAUCAUCAAAAUUCUACACCUAAAUCACUCACUCUCUCCCUCUCAAAAUCAAUACUUUUUCAUCAUAAUAUUAAAUUUCAUGAUGGAUUCUCAAUCUCAUGAAAUCUUUGAUCCUUCUUCAUCAUGGCCAUUCUACAGUAUCAUAAAUUCAAAUAAUUUUGAUUAUGAUCUUACCAUAGAGAUGGCAGAUGUUCAUGUUGACACCCCUCAAUUUUCUUCUUCUUCUGCUUCAUUUUCUACACUGGAGGAUACUAUUUCUUCAAUUUCUAGUUUAUCUGCCAUGAUUCCAAGUUAUGAUCAAUCUGCUCAGUCCCCAGGUUUUAGUGAUGAUCAGUUACAAGCUCUGUCUGUGGAGGAUUUCUUGCUUGACAAUGAAGAAAUGGAGUUUUUACAUGGACAGAUUAGUGAAAGUGAUGAAAGAAUAUCAGACUGGAGCCCUGAUCCUUCAGUUGAAUCAACUCCAAUUCAAUCAUCUUUAUUAGUCCUUCCGGGAGGAGAAUCGGAACUCGAAAGUCGGUUAGGUGUUCUUCAUCUACUCAAAGCUUAUGGAGAAGCAGUUGAGAAAAAUCUGUAUGAGCUUGCAGAUGAGAUUAAGAGAUGUUUAAGUGAUAAAGUUAGUUUGGCUGGUGAGCCUUUAUUUCGGUUGACAUUUAACUUGUGUCAGGAUCUUGAAAAACAGGGAGAUUAUCUAAGACAAGAAUCUUCCAAGAAUUACGAGACAGCUUUCAGGGCAUUUUAUCAGAUUUUCCCAUAUGGAAGAUUUGCUCAUUUUGCUGCUAAUUCAGCAAUUCUUGAUGCUAUUCCGGCUGAUGGAGAGACAACGAUUCGUUUAGUCGAUUUUGACAUGGGGGAAGGUAUUCAAUGGCCUCCGCUGCUCGAGGCCUUGGCAAGGCAGCGAAAAGGUGCUGUUAAAUUGACCGCGAUAAAAUGGGAAAAGGAAGAUCAGGCUCCGUCAAUGCGGAGUUUCGAAGAAGCGAAAAGGAGACUAGUUGAUCAUGCUAGACAAUUUGGUCUUAAGUUGAAGGUGGAGGAGAUUGGAAUUGAUGAUUUGGUGAAUGAGAUAAAGAGAGGAAAUAAAAGAAACGGUAAGAAAGAAUGGUUAGCUUUUAAUUGCUUGGUGGGGAUUCCACACAUGGGGAGGGUGAGAAGUAAAAAGCUAGUAGAAGAGUUUGUAAGAGUAGCCAAUGAUUUAAUUGGAAAUAGCAAUAAGGGUAUCAUUACUUUCGGAAACGGGGACGCAUCGGAAACUCUAAAAAAUUCCUCAGGUUUCGCCUCAUUUUUCGAAGGGAAUUUGAUGCAUUACCAAGCAUUACUCGAGUCAAUCGAGAUGAACUUCCCGAAUAAUCUUGCAGAAGCAAGGAUGGCUCUAGAAUGUUUAUUCGUGACGCCUUCUGUAUCGUCUCGUGGUUGGUUCGAGAGGUGGAUGGAGACGAAGGAAUGCGCCGAUUUGCGGAUGGGAGGGUUGGAAAGUUGCAGAGUGAGCAGAGAGAGCUUGGAGGAAGCUAGAGAGUUGGUGAAAGGAAAACAGAGUUUGUAUGACGUGAGAAUUGGAGGAGAAAUGAGCAAUGAGUUGAUUUUGGAGUGGAGAGGAACUCCAUUAGUAAGAGUUUCAGCUUGGAGAAGUUAAAUCUAAAUUUUUCAGUUCAGUCCAUGUAGAGGGCUGUUAGCUGCAGGAUUCUUUAAAGUACAUAUAUGUAUAAACAAUGCAUUUAUUCUAUUGUAUUUGUGUA